GACAGUGCGCGUACAUCGAAUAAACAGUGCAGAUUUAAUCAAAGUGAAUUUCAUAUUGACACGAUGCCGACUAGUGCAACAAAAUUUUCUAAACGUGAAAUUAUUCCCGUUGGAUAUGAGGAAGCUUAUCAGUUUCAUCGUAUUAAGGUGCGGCUUGCAACUCCAACAGUGAAUAUGAAUCCUCCCAAAAAACGGCCACACAUUUUAUUCGAUGCAAAAAAAUUGCAACUGGAACGUGAAAGACAGGCUCGUAUUGUUCGAGAAAAUUUUAUUUUACUUCAGAAACUCCAAAGUAUAAUGUAUGGUAAUGCAAGAAAAAAGUAUCCACUGACUCAGAAAAAAUCCGCCUGCAUAAGAACUCGUUGAGUAGAUUUUUAUACACGUUGAUAUGAAAAAGAAUAACUUUCGGGAAAAUAAUUUAUAAAAUUUAUUAUAUUUGUACUUUUAUAUAACGAUGGU